GCAUUGAGGGACACGCCUCCUCCUUCCAAAUGUGACGCAUUUCCGGGUCCCGAUUCUUCCCCUUCCGGUACAUGUGAACAUGGCGCCUCCCAUUCCGCUGCUCGCAGUACGUGGAUCAGAUGGGACGGCGCUUCUUCGUGGACCGCCGAGCUGCGAUGAACACCCUGCCAUCCAGAGAGACCCCCGGCCCAGCCGCUGUGUGAGCUUCAGCAGGGACGGCUCGCUGUUCGCCUGGUGCAACGGAGACAAGGUCAGUGUGGUGAACACAGCAGAUGGCUCCGUGGUGUCGACCUUUGACCUUCCUAAGACGAUGCUGUUGGAGUUCUCUCCUCUGGGCCGAGUGCUGGCCACCUGGCAGCUGUACAGCAAGAGUCAGGGUGACCUUCAGGGUGAAGCCAACUUGCAGCUGUGGGACCUGCAGAGUGGCCAGCUGCUGAAAGCCCUUUACCAGAAGAAGACUGAGGCCUGGUGUCCCAGCUGGUCUGACGAUGAGAGCAUCGCCGUGAGGAGCGUCAACAACGAGCUGCACUUCUUCGAGAACAACGACUUCAAUACCAUUGCCAACAAGCUGCACAUGCAGAAGGUGUCUGACUUCGUCCUGUCCCCUGGAGCUCAGCCCAGCAAGGUCGCCGUCUACGUGCCAGGCAGUAAAGGGGCGCCGUCGUUCGUCCGGCUCUACCAGUACCCGCUGUUCGGCGGGCCGACCGCCGCGCUCGCCAACAAGAGCUUCUUCAAGGCCGACAGAGUGUCCAUGCUGUGGAACAAGAAAGCGUCGGCGCUCCUGGUGACGGCGAGCACCGAGGUGGACAAGACGGGGGCGUCGUACUACGGCGAGCAGACGCUGCACUACCUGGCCGUGAACGGGGAGAGCGCCGUGGUCCAGCUGCCGAAGAACGGGCCGAUCUACGACGUGGCGUGGAGCCCCAACGCCGCCGAGUUCUGCGUGGUUUACGGCUUCAUGCCGGCCAAGGCCACCAUCUUCAACAUGAAGUGUGACCCCGUGUUCGACUUCGGCACCGGACCGAGGAACGCCGUCUACUACAGUCCUCAGGGUCACAUCCUGGUGCUGGCCGGGUUCGGGAACCUGCGGGGUCAGAUGGAGGUUUGGGAUGUCAAGAAGUACAAACAGGUGUCCAAACCUCAGGCUCCAGACUCCACCCAUUUCUCCUGGUGCCCCGAUGGCGAGCACGUCGUCACGGCGACCUGCUCGCCGCGCCUCCGGGUCUCCAACGGCUACAAGAUCUGGCACUACACGGGCACGGUGUUGCGGCGGCAGGACGCCGGCGAGCUGUGGGAGGUCCGCUGGCAGAGCUUCCCCGACGGCUGCUUCCCCGAGCGGCCCGUCCGGUACCAGGCGGCGCCCGGCGAGCUGGGCAGCACGCAGGCCCCGCCCACGCAGGCCUACCGCCCCCCCGCACUGAGACACCUGCCGGCCACCGCCAGCUCCAAACUGCAUGAGGAGGAGCCCCCUCAGGACCUGCGUCCCGGCCCGUCAGCAGAGAGGUGUCUGUCUAAAUCUGCUCUGAAGAACCAGAAGAAGCGAGAAGCCAAGAAAGCAGCCAAACAGGAGGCAAAGUCUGAAGCCCCGCCUAGCCCCGCCCCCACCCCCGCCCCCGCCUGCAACAGCCAAUCAGGGCCGACCUGCGGCGACCCGGAGACGGACAAGAAGAUGAAGAACCUAAAGAAGAAACUAAAAGCCAUCGAGGAGCUGAAGGAGCAGCAGGCGUCUGGGAAAACACUGCAGAAGAACCAGCUGGAGAAGAUCCAGAAGGAGGAGCAGCUGCUGAAGGAGCUGGAGGAGCUGGAGCUGAGCCUGUAGGGGGCGCUACCCCACCCCCGACCACCACACACACACACACACACACACACACACACACACACACACAGACUGAGCCCUGCGGGACGGUCUGCUGUGGUGACAGGAAGUGGACUGAUGACGCGGUCAGUGACGCUGCUAGCCAGCAUGCUAACAUUGCUCCAAACUGCUGCAGGUUCACACACACGCACACACACACACACACACACACACACACACACACACACACACACACACUGACCUGUCAGUCACAGGGGAAAUGUAGUGAAGCAGUAAUCGCUGAGGUCGAUGAGCCGGGCUGAACUGACGUGGGUCUGGAACACAUUCUUUUGCUGUGUGUGUGUGUGUGUGUGUGUGUGUGUGUGUGUGUGUGUGUGUGUGUGUGUGUGUGUGUGUGUGUGUGUGUGUGUGUGUCAGCUGACAUCACAGCUCUGUUGCUAUGCAAUGUGUGUACAGUUCAGAAGCUCCGCCUCGUUUGGCCUGCAGUGUAAACAGGAAGCUGAGGUGUUUUGAAACCAACAUGUAAUAAAGGGUUUGUAGAGGA